UAGUUAAGUAAAAAAAAAAAAAAAACACCAACAAACGGUUCCCCAGCAACGAAAAAAAACCAACGGGAACCAUCGGCACCAUCUCUGGGAGAACCGGGAGAACUAAGGUACAAUAGGCAUUUUCUUCCAAGGAGAUGUCGAUUCCAUUCUCCAACACGCACUACCGAAUUCCACAAGGAUUUGGGAAUCUUCUUGAAGGGCUGACACGUGAGAUUCUGAGGGAGCAACCGGACAAUAUACCAGCUUUUGCAGCAGCAUAUUUUGAGAAUCUUCUAGAGAGAAGAGAGAAAACCAACUUUGAUCCAGCAGAAUGGGGGACUAAGGUAGAUGACUGCUUCUAUAACAACCAUGCAUUCAAGGAGCACGAACCACCUGAGAAAGGAAAGUCUCAGACAUCUAUGAAAGAGGAGACAAAAGUCACAGCCUUAGAAUCUUCUGAAGAAGAUAAGGAAAAAGAGGAGAAUGCUGCUGUCAAAAUCCAAGCAGCCUUCCGGGGACAUUUAGCCAGAGAGGAGGUGAAGAAAAUGAAAAAAGUCGAUCUUCAAGAAGAGAAAACACAGGAAAACAACUGAGAAGACUGGUUUUACCCUCGCUUCCCCAAAACAUGAAAAAAUAAUCCAAAGCCACCAAUCUUGUUGUGAUUGUCUUUUUUUUUCCUUAGUAAGGGAGAUUUGAUGUAGUGAAAUAACACUUGUUACUAUUGUGAAAAUCUGUCAUGAGCAUUUGUUUAAUAAACAUGCCAUUGAACACA